AUGGUCCUGCUCAAAGUGAAAUUCACCUUUCAAAAACGCAUGCACUUGGCACAAACUCUAUGGGUGCUCUGCUGGCUUUCGGUCCUGACUGGAAUCCUGACUUUCGCUUUGGGAAUCUACCUCAAAUGUGAGCUGAAGAGACGGAAUGAGGUGAUGGACAAUACUGACAUCCACCUUGUCCCCAACACUCUGAUUGCUGUGGGCCUCCUGUCUGUGCUCCUCAACUUCACCGGGGUGAAGAUCUGCAGUGACUCACUGGACCUGGCCAAGUUUCCCCGAUGGAAGGGUUACAUAGAGCCCUACCUCGUCUUCUCGGUCCUCUUCACCUUCCUCAUGCUGUUUGCUUCGCUCCUGAGCUACUUCAUGAGAGGAAACCUGGACACAUCGCUGAAGAUUGGCCUGAGAAACGGAAUUCGUUUCUACAAGGACACAGACACCCCAGGAAGGUGCUAUCAGAAGAGGACCAUAGACCACAUCCAGAUGGAGUUCCAGUGCUGUGGUAACAACAACUACAAGGACUGGUUUGAGGUGCAGUGGAUCAGUAACCGAUUCCUAGACUUUAACAACAAAGACAUAAGGGAUCGCAUUAAGAGCAACGUGGAUGGCAGGUACCUGAUCGAUGGCGUCCCCUUCAGUUGCUGCAACCCAAACUCUCCCCGGCCCUGUAUUCAGCGUCAGAUCACCAAUAACUCUGCACAUUUCAACUACGAAUUUCAGACAGAGGAACUGAACUUGUGGAUGACAGGAUGUCGAGAGGCUCUGCUCAGUUACUACACAGGGAUGAUGGCGACCAUUGGGACCAGCGUGCUGCUCUGCUAUGUCACACAGCUCGGUGUGUUGACUGGACUGCGUUACCUCAGUAUCGCAACAGAGGCUGUCGUUGGCCAGGAGAACCCUGAGUGUGACUCUGAGGGCUACUUGCUGGACAAAGGGCUGAUGGAGAUUAUGCGUGCUACUACCAAAGGACUCAAGGCCAAGUUCAGCUUUAACCAAGUGCAGACAAAACCAGCAGCAACAGAGAGCAACAAAACUGAAAAAUAGACAUUUCCUCACCCGGAGAGCUACACGCUGGAUAAUGGCAUUUACCCAGGCAACUAUUGGCCAUAGCUGACCUUUAACACUGAAUGCCCUUCUGUUUGAAUCU